GAACAGCUAUACGUGCGAACAAGUCGAGCAAGUUGAGUUCCUCCCGAAAAAAUCGUCUCUCCAUUUUCACGGGCCACUUAGCUGUUGCCGUCUUGUAUUUUAAACGUAUUGACUUCGUUCGUGAUAACAAGCGGGCCGAUUCUUUUAAUCUUCUUAACAAUUUUGCCCGCAAUUUUGUUUUCGUUACGUGGAAAGAGAAUUGACAUUUCUCCUCAAAUGAAAUUUGUUUGUCAUUAGUCCGGAGGGUUUUUUCAAAAAAAGCAGUGCGAGAAUCUUAAAAAUCUUUUAUUGAUAAAGAUUCAGUGUCUUCCACAAACGCGCAUCAAUGUGAUAUCUAUCCGUGACAAACGGUGAGUGUCGUGUUUCCUUUCGGCAAGCAUUACAACACUAGGCUAUUCCAUUUUUCAGACAUUAGACCCUAGCAAAAUAGCCUCCAGGUGGAUCUCCUUACCGAUCAGUAAAAGCUAACAGGCUACAAUCAACAAACGGAUGGAGAACUAAGUCACUUUGCCAUUGUCUCAUCUCGCCCUUGUGACACAUCGCAAAACGUCUGUCGCACAAACAACUUGGUACACAAUGGCUUUUGCAUCACUGAAAAAGGAGUUAAUAAAUGUAUACUGAACUUCCACGAAAUUGUGCGGGGAAUCUAAGCCAGUCGGACCUGUGUAAACAAACAACAAUGACCGAAUACGACAACAUUUCCGACUCGAAUAUCGUUCCCUAUCUUAUUUCAUCAAAGGAUCUCCACGACAAUUCGACGUUGCUAGAUGAAGCACCAACUCUAACAACGAGCGCUUCGAUCAAGGCGACAAUACUUUGCAUUAUGGCUGUUGCUUCGCUGAUUGGAAAUAUGGCAACUCUAAUUAGCAUCGCUUUUACAAAAAAAUGUACCAGCAGCUCGUUAUACACUCUUCUCUUCCAGUUGGCCAUUUCCGACUUGUUAGUGAGUGUGUGGUGCUUAUCCGGAGAAGCCGCCUGGACGUACACGGUGGAGUGGAAAGGAGGGCAAUUUUUGUGUAAAACAUUUAAGUUUUCCCAGGUAUUCAGCCUGUACUUGUCGACAUCAACUAUGGUGCUGAUAGGAUUUGAUCGAUUAAGAGCUAUUCGUCGACCGAUAAGUCACCGUUCGUGUUUAAAGCCAAUCUGUGUCGCUUGGAUACUUAGCGCAGCUUUAGCUUCACCUCAGCUUCUCAUUUUCCGUGUAUUGAAAGGGCCAUUCCGCGAGCUUUUUUAUCAAUGUGUUACGUAUGGAUUUUACACGGAAGAAUGGCAGGAGCAACUCUACACUGUCUUUAGUCUCCUUACAAUGUUUGUCAUUCCGCUAGUCAUACUCGUAGUUUGCUACGUCUGCAUUUUCUGCACUAUCGCAAUAGAAAAAGAGCGAGCGUUCGUGAUACGCGCACCGCAUCCAUCGAUGGAACGCUGGCCGGCCGAGAGUCUCGUCUCAAACUUGCGUGCAAGAGAUCAACAUCGCCAACAUUCCCCGCAGCGACAUCAAACCAUUUUCAACAGACGUCGUAACACCAUCUUCAAACGGGCAAAGAUGAAAUCACUGCGGAUUUCAAUUAUAAUCGUUACGGCCUUUGUGAUAUGCUGGGCUCCGUAUUACUUCAUGAUGAUUACUUUCAUCUUUCUCAACCCUGACGAUAAGUUGGGUGAAGACAUGCAGUCAGCCAUCUUCUUUUUUGGCAUGAGUAAUUCCUUGGUUAAUCCGCUCAUCUAUGGAGCCUUCCAUCUAUGGCAGCCUUCUGUUGGAAGAAGUCGAAAACUCCCCGGCUCCUUCUCGACAGCCUUCACAGAUAGCGUACGUGGAGGACUGGUAGCCGGACAAAGACGUCGCCCAGAGCCAGUGACUGGCCAUGCCGCUGUGGUACAUCAGUCCCCGAUGACUCCUUCCGCUGUUCACAAGUCGCAUAAGCGCUGUUCACUUCGACGACAAAAUCGGCCACAUCCAUGUCGAUAUCGGACGUCAACCACCAGUCUCUGAACUAUUAUUAUAUAUACACCGCCCAUGCCAAGCCUCUUCUGCUAAAACUGUUUGCUUCGACGUUUCGAAUUCGACAAGAAUUUUCUGUUGGAUUCCAUUAAGAUCAGUUGGCAUUUGUUUAUGCGUAAACAGUAGCUGCCUACUGCAAAAUUGAGUUUUUGUCUACCCCGCGUUAACAUGCUUCCACUGUCAAAUUUUGUUUGCUCAACAUGCUGAAUCAUUCUUUUUUUGUACAAAUCCAACUAUACCUAAUCGCUGAAGUCAAUGAACGAUGAGUGAAGUCAGA